GCAUUACUCCUGAUAGAUCCGUGCUUGUUGCAGGUUUCGUUGUGGGAUUUGAGAUUUGCAUUCUUGGGGCCCCUUCGGAUCUGGGUUUUGAAAGAACGCGUCUUGGUGAUUUCAUCUGGCGGUUUAUGGACUAUUGAAGAAGCUAAAAUGGUGAAGAUGGAACUCAUGAGAUGGGUUCCCUUGGUCUUGGUUGUUGUUUUUCUAGUUUUGGUUAAUGGGUCGUUUUCCUUAUACACUCCUCCUAAUAGCUAUCUAAUUGCAUGUGGUUCUUCUCAAAACAUCACCUUUCAAGGACGCACUUUUGUUCAUGACUCACAGCAUUCUUCACUUGUAAUGAAAACUGGGAAUUCUUUUGUUGCUAGCACCAAUUCUAGUGCCCCUUUUCCCAUUUACCAAUCGACUCGGGUUUUCACCGAGAAAACUUAUUAUAGGUUUGAGAUUCAGCAAGAAGGUAGGCACUGGGUUAGGCUAUACUUUUCCCCUCUUCCAAACUCCAGCCACAACUUGACUUCAGCUUCUUUGACAGUGGUUACUGAUGAUUUUGUACUCUUGAGCAACUUCACCUUUAGGAAAUACAAUGGUUCUUAUAUGUUCAAGGAGUAUGUUGUGAAUGUAACCUCUGAUGCAUUGGUUGUGACCUUCAUUCCUUCCAAUGGUUCGGUGGCCUUUGUGAAUGGAAUUGAAGUUGUGUCAAUGCCAAAUGAGCUGUUUGUUGAUCAGGCACUCUCUGUUAACCCGCCAGCACCAUUCAAUGGACUUUCUGACCUUGCCUUUGAAACUGUUUAUCGGUUGAAUAUGGGGGGUCCUUUGAUUACUUCUGAAAAUGACACCCUGGGUAGGACUUGGCUGAAUGAUAGAAAAUACCUUCAUGUGAACAGCUCAGUCCUUAAUGUAUCGGUGAAUCCUUCAAGCAUUAAGUAUCCCGUGGCUGUUACACCUGAGACUGCCCCAAAUUGGGUCUAUGCCACUGCUGAAGCAAUGGGGGAUGCUAAUGUAAAUGAUCCAAAUUUCAACAUCACUUGGGUCUUCAAUGUGGAUCCAAAUUUCUCCUAUUUCAUUCGGGCGCACUUCUGUGAUAUUAUGAGCAAGUCACUCAACAAUUUAGUCUUCAACAUGUUCAUAAAUUCUGACAUAGCUCUUCAAAGCCUUGAUCUCUCAAACAUGACUAAUGACUUGGCUGUGCCUUAAUUCAAGGACUUUGUUGCCAAUGCCUCUGCAGACUCAAACACUUUGACUGUGAGUGUUGGUCCAGAUCCUGUGGCUGACUUUCCAAAUGCCACUAUGAAUGGGUUGGAGAUAAUGAAGAUCAGCAACUCGUUAAAGAGCUUGGAUGGGCUUUAUUCAGUUCACAGUCUUCUUCCAGGUUCACAUUCAAAGAAAAGCAUGGUAGGAGUAAUUGUUGGUUCUGCUGUUGGUGCUGUAGCAGCUUUAGCAAUAGCUGGUUUGUGUUAUUGCUGCUUGGUGGGACGCAAAUCAAAGUCAUCCACUCAACAGGGCCAUUCAUGGCUGCCUCUGCCCCUUUAUGGAAACUCUCUCACCAUGACAAAAAAUUCAACACUUUCACAGAAGAGUGGAACCGCAAGCUGCAUUUCUUUAGCUUCAUCAAAUCUCGGACGGUUCUUCAACUUCCAGGAAAUCCUAGAUGCUACCAACAAAUUUGAUGAGAAGCUACUUCUGGGUGUUGGUGGUUUUGGAAGGGUUUACAAAGGAACGCUUGAAGAUGGGACCAAUGUAGCUGUGAAAAGGGGUAACCCAAGAUCCGAGCAAGGGCUUGCAGAAUUCCGGACAGAAAUUGAAAUGUUAUCCAAGCUUCGCCAUCGCCAUCUUGUGUCCCUCAUUGGUUAUUGUGAUGAGAGGUCAGAAAUGAUUCUUGUGUAUGAAUACAUGGCUAACGGACCCCUCAGGAGUCAUCUGUAUGGAACAGAGCUGCCACCUCUCUCAUGGAAGCAGCGGCUGGAGAUUUGCAUUGGAGCAGCAAGAGGCCUUCAUUAUCUCCACACCGGAGCAGCUCAAAGCAUAAUUCACCGAGAUGUGAAGACAACAAAUAUCCUCUUAGAUGAGAACUUUGUUGCAAAAGUUGCCGAUUUUGGCCUCUCCAAGACUGGUCCUUCUCUUGAUCAGACCCAUGUGAGCACUGCUGUGAAGGGUAGUUUUGGUUAUCUUGAUCCUGAAUACUUCAGAAGGCAACAGCUUACUGAAAAAUCAGAUGUGUAUUCAUUUGGGGUAGUGUUGAUGGAAGUGUUAUGCACAAGGCCAGCCUUGAACCCUGUACUUCCAAGGGAGCAGGUAAACAUAGCUGAAUGGGCAAUGACCUGGCAGAAAAAGGGUAUGCUUGAUCAAAUCAUGGAUCAGAAUCUUGUUGGCAAGGUGAAUCCUGCAUCCCUGAAGAAGUUCGGGGAGACAGCAGAGAAGUGCUUGGCCGAGCACGGCGUGGACCGGCCGUCCAUGGGAGAUGUUUUGUGGAAUCUUGAGUAUGCAUUGCAGCUUCAAGAGACAUCAUCAGCACUCAUGGAGCCAGAAGACAACAGCACAAACCACAUCACUGGAAUUCAGUUGACACCCCCAGACCAUUUUGAUAACAGUGUGAGUAUGAUUGAUGGGGGAAACUCUUGCACUGAUGAAGAUGCAGAAGAUGCUGCUACAAGUGCAGUGUUCUCACAGUUGGUAAAUCCUCGUGGAAGAUGAGCUCUUGUGUUUCCACAAUUCUGGCCAAAGGCCAUCAAAGUAAGUGGCCAUUCUGGCUUCAUUCUGAAGGUUGUUUCUUAUUUAGUUAAUGCUUUUUGUAAUCCAUUUUUUCUCCACGAAAUCAAUUUACUUUGUAAUAUACUUGAAUCAUAGUGAUGGGUGCCUUUAAGCUGGUCACUAAUUGCAUGCAAGGUACACCAUAAAACUCUGUUGUACUAAGUAUAAACCAUUUACGAGUUCUGCUCCUCAAGUUCUUCUCACACCUUACAAUAUAUGAAGCUUAUAUAAGUUCUUUCU